ACGGUAACAGCUGAGCGUGGCAGAGCAGGAAAGAUGCAGCUUGGCCCCGCCCCCGGCGCUGGCUGCUGCGCGCUGCUAUGCACUGCCGGGGUUGCUCGGUGGACUAUACAGGGAAGAGCAGCGCUGUCCUGCACUGACAACUUGGGCACCGUGCAUGGGGCUACUGCCCGCUGGAAACAGUCACCAAGGGGCAGUGUCGGCCCGGCCAGACCGGUGGAUCGUCCCUUACACAAGUGGGAGGGUGAAAGGCCCCUGCACGGACCCGGAAGCACAAGUGAAGUCCACGGAGUGUCUGCUCCUAGUGCUGUAUGGGCAGCCUGGCACCGGGAAUGGGGGAUCAGCAUGAGGAAGCCCCGCAUACCCAGGACGUGCAGCACACAGCGGGCAGCGACCAGGAGGAGGACGACGAUGAUGAGGAGGAGGAUGGGGGUCUGCAGGCUGGGGAACCCAGUAGAGACACAGAGGAGCCCGCCAGGUUGGUCCGCUCCGUGGGGCACAAGCCCAGGAAGAGGUGCAGCGUGUUGUGCACCGUCUACUGCGUGGAGAGUGACUUAUCUGGGGAGCUGCCAACGGUGCCCCCUGCGGAGCAGGAGCUGCAGCGCCCUCUGGCGGACAGCACCCCUCGGAGCUCCGUGCGGGGGACGAGCGAGCUCCCCCUGAGCCCGGCCAGCCUGGAGCUAGAACUGUCCCCCUUCCUGAUCAGCAGCCUGGCCGAUGGCGGCCCCAGGGUGAUGAUGAGCUGCCGGGUGUGCUUGGAGGAUAAGACCAUCAAGCCUCUUCCCUGCUGCAAGAAAGGAGUGUGCGAGGAGUGCCUGAAGCGCUACCUGAGCUCCCAGGUGCAGCUUGGACAAGUAGAGAUUAAAUGCCCAAUAACAGAGUGCAAUAAACACUUGGAGGAAUCCACCAUUUUGUUCAACCUGCCACAUGAUGACAUCAUCAAGUACAAGUACUUCCUGGAACUUAGCCGUAUAGACUCCAGCACGAAGCCCUGUCCGCAGUGCAGGCACUUCACAACAUUCAAGAGGAAGAUCCACAUUCCAACCCCAAGCAAAUCCGAGAACAAGUUCAAAAUUCAGUGUCCAUCUUGCCAAUUUGUAUGGUGUUUUAAGUGCCAUUCUCCCUGGCAUGAAGGCGUUAACUGCAGGGAGUACAAGAAAGGAGACAAGCUUUUGCGUCACUGGGCCAAUGAGAUUGAGUAUGGGCAGAGGAAUGCUCAGAAGUGUCCCAGGUGCAAGGUCCACAUUCAGAGAACAGAAGGAUGCGAUCAUAUGUCCUGUUCCCAGUGUAACACUAAUUUCUGCUACCGUUGUGGGGAGAGGUACCGCCAGCUGCGCUUCUUUGGUGAUCACACAUCAAACCUCAGUAUAUUUGGAUGCAAAUACCGCUACCUCCCCGAGAGACCGCAUGUAAGGAGAUUAGUGCGAGGCUCUGUUUGUGCUGGGAAGCUACUUAUUGCACCCUUCCUCCUAGUCAUUGGCCUGGCAUUGGGGGCUCUUGCAGUUGUAAUAGGGUUAUUUGGACUGCCUAUCUAUUGCCUUUGUAAAAAGAAACGGAAAAGAACUUGGACUGGUAUGCCGUGACAAUCAAAUUAUUCUGAUCAGAACUUGAAGGCUUGAGCAGCCUGUGUUUGUUCCUAAGCCUUUGUUACAGAGCUGGCCUACUUAAAGAAACCCUGAUUUAUAAAUGUUGGAAAGUUUUACCAAGUGCAGUACAGAGCAAAGUGGGUAACGAGAACUCUUACAUUACGCACAGAGUGUGUACAAAAAAGAUGUGGUUUUUGAGAUUUCUCAUAUUCUGGCAUUAUGAGCUUGCAUAGAGAUUUAAGUUUUAUUUUAUUUAUUUUUUGUUUUUUGUUUUUUCCAGGGUUCAACUAUCAGCUUUUUUUUUUUUCUUCUCUGUGUAUCUUCUCAAAGUUAAGCUGCGUAGCUCCUGUUAAAGCAACAUUUCUUUCCUUUAACAUCUUCUAAGGGAAUACAGUGUGAUGCAGUAACUAUUUGAUAUAACACUAAUAUAAAGGAUUGUCAGCUGCUUGUAUUCAUCUAUACAGCAAUGUUCUGCCACAAAAUGGCAUGUAUUCUAGCUUCUUUUAGACCUUGGUUGCAAUCUCUUGAGUAGUAUAAAGACCACUUAUAGAAGCGAUGUCAAGUACAAUUCCUCUUCAGCAACAAGUAAGAUCUUCUGUUCAGCCACGGUCUAGAGUGUAAAAACUAAAAAUGUACAUUGAGUUCUCUCCAUUACACAGCUUUGAUUGGUUUAUUAGAGGUUUUGAGAACAGUGGUCCUGAGUUCCCCAAAUGAAAGGAGUGGCUGUCAUUCCUAAUGGGACUGCUGGAGAUGACUCCCACAAAUGAGACACUUAUUCCCUAUACCCUUCCAAGCUACUUGUUGUUAUAUAUUUUUACUUGCAUAAAUGAGUAGUACUUGUGACUAUAUUAAAGUUUGUAAUAUAUCUUUUGAGGGGAAGGUGGCAUCUCCCAAACCUUCCAAUGGAUUCCCUUUCUGUAGCCUUUCUCCAAAUGAUCAGAAACCUGCUCAUACACUAAACUAAAUAUAAACUGUCUUUAGUAACCAGGAUUAUAAAGAAGUAAUGUGCAUUGUUUUAUAGCUAUAGUACCGUAUAUCUAAUAUCUAUUUACAGCUGCCUAAGGAGUGAUUAAGAUUUUGUAAGUUGGAAGGGAACUGGGUUCUGUUUCUGCUUGUGGGAUUAUCAAAUUUUAUAUUUUAUAGAAGACCUUCCUAGUUUGCCAAGAAGAGAAAUGCCAAAAUGAACUGCAUGGUUUUCAUUUUGCCAAUGAACACCUUUUGCACAUGGUGUACACCUAUAUUUGUAAACCCCUAAAUUUAUAGACUAGGUCUGCUGUAGUGCCUACAAUCCCAGUGAAGUGUUGUCUAUGUGAGGUGGACAGAAGAUGAAUGACUAUUACUCUUUAUCUUUUCUUGAAAAAGGGUUGGCUUGGCUGCUUUAUGUAUUUAAAAAUGGCAAUAUGACUGACCUACUAAUAUCCAUUCAUUAGACGUUCUGAUUUCUUGUCAUUUACGCCACACCCCUUGCCUUGCCACAAAGCUAUUAUCUGCACUUGUGCAGGUCCUUUGUACACCCAGGAAACUUUUUGCAUCGAGAGUGCAUUUCAAUGAAGGUUGCAUAUGGACAGAUCACGUGAUCCUCCACCAGUGGGCAUUUUCAGGACAAGAUGUCAUAAUGAUACAAGAACGCAGAACUUCUAUUGACUGUAUAAAUAUCAUGGUUGAAUAUGGGAGCGCCAGAGAUGGGGGGGAUAAUUUGUUAUAACCAGAAUACCCCUUUAAAGGAGGAUUUGUCAUAAAAUCACGCUAAUGUACACUCAGUGACUUUAUUAGGUAAGCUUUAUAUUGAAUAGGAUUUGUCCUCCAAAACUAUUUUUUUUUUUUUUUUUUAGAAAUUCUGGUCAAUGUUGUCAUAGUGGGACCACACAGUUGCUGCAGAUUUAUUAGCUACACAAAUCUCCCAUUCCGCCCAUAUGUAAAAAGUGCUCUACCGGAUUGAGAUGUGGUGACUGGCUAGUCCACUCUGAACUCAGUCAUGUUCAUGAAACUAGUUUGGGGAUGAACGAUGCCUUGUGAGUCACCUUGUUUGUGACUACUUCAGUCUUCAUCUGUCCAGUUUUGGUGAGCACAUGUCUGCUGUAUUCCUAGUUUCCCUUUCUUAACUGACAGGAGUUGAACCUACCUUCUUCUCGUGCAGGUCCUGUGCUUCAAGUAAAGCUGCGUUCACAUCUCCGGCGAGCUGAUUCGGCACAAAUGCCGGCUGGACCAAAAACUGUUGCAUGCAAUGGUUUUUGUCUGGCCGAAACCCGGAUCACUGCCACACCUCAUUACAGUCAAUUGGAAUCUGGCUGUAAACUAUAAUAUCUGGCAAUGCCGGAUCCAGAGAAAUUCGGCAGGUUGCUCUCUGCUGGAACUUCCUGCCGGAGAUGUGAACACGGCUAACUCUUCCACAAGCAACUGUUAAAACAUGGUUAUUUGAAGUAAUGUCUCCUCCCUGCCAGCUUUAUCCAGUCUGGCAAUCUUAACCAGUUCACCAACAGAACGGGUUGCUUUUUUGUUCUGGGCAUAAUUUGUUAGAGACCACUGUUAAAUAAAAUCUCUGGAUAGAUCAGUGAAUUCUGAGAUAUAGUAACCAAUCCAUCUGGCACUAGCAAUCAUUCCACAGUUAAGGGGUUGACCAGCUCCUUAAACAUUAAAAAAAUAUAUAAAAAAAAGCCCAACUCCAGCCACUCCUGUUUUCAUGCUUUCUGGCUACCCCGACAGUCUCUACUUCCGGUCUCAUGACCACUCGGCAAUCACUGGGUUACAUAAUCGUUUGAUUAUUUUUUUCCUAUGCCACUCUAACCCCUUUAAAAAAUAAAUAAAAAUAAUGCAUUAGAUAUUUGGGUUUCUCUGGACCAUCAGCCUAAGUACUUGAUACAUUCAUCGCAUAAAUUUAAGGUGGCUAAACUGUCUAGUAAUGUAACUGGACACUAUUUGUUGCUGUACGAGGUCUUGUCACACAAGAAUCCUACAUGUCCUCAUUUUCUGUAACCUUAUCCCAACUUCCAGAUCGGUAAUCAAAAAAUGUGUUCUAUUCCUCCUUACAUUAUUCUAAAUGGGAAAAGAAUGCAUGGGACUCUCAAGAUGUCACACAUUUUUGAAGACUACUAUGUUGACGAUGCCAUUUGAAAGCCAUUUUGCCAAAUAGUGAUUUUGAUUUACUGAUUUUUGCCUUUACAGAUGUUCAGGCUGGUAUAAUGCCUUGUCCAGAGUCUCAGUCCUAGUCAGAAGCCAUAAAAGCCGUCAUGUAUGGAUUGUACUGAAGUGAGAGCCUUGGAUAAUAUGUUUUCAGCGUUUCUUAAGUAUCUGUGCAUUCAGGGGCCAGAAUGUAUAUACGUGUCUCAGACCGCUUAGAAAUACCUUGCCUUAUUGUUUCUGUACAUCCCUUCCCUGCUGUCGGUGAGAUUGUGUUCGGUGAACGUGUAUGUUUGUUCUAGCAAGUAAUUCACUCAGUACAGUGAAGUGUAUUGCACUGAUACUUUUCACACUCAAGGUCAUUGUAAUGUUCUUGACCAUUGGGACAAUGAUUAACGGUUUGUUUCCAGCAUUAGAUAUACGCCAAAUAAAUAACAUUCUGCUAUUUUACUUGAUGAAUACAUUUUUAUGACGCUCACAUUUGAUUUGGGCAGUGUGUACCCCCGAUUCACACAAUGAAUUACUACAGCUGCAGACAGAUAUUGGAACAGGGAGCAGUACUGUUGUGGGAAAAUCAAAUUCUCAGCAGCCGUUUUUUUUUUUGUACAUAAUGUCAAACUUUAGACUACUGUAAAGGCGGGACCCCAAUUUCUAACCUCUAGGGUAGGUGCAGGGAGUGUAAGUUCACUGCAGCUGUCUCUUGAGUCUUAUAGCUGUAUUGAUUGUGACAGUAAAAAUAUAUUUAGAGCAGUGCGGAUAAUUUGAAGGGAACCUGUCAUCAACUUUAUGCUGACCUCUCUGAGGGCAGCAUAAAGUAGCGACAGACAUUCUGAUUUCAGUGGUGUGUCACUCAUGAGCUACAAGUGGUUGCUGAGAACCAGCAUAGUAAUUAAUGCAGCCCGGGCCUGGUGAAGAGCCAUGGCUGCCUGAAGAAGAGUCACACUUAUCUGUGAGAUCCCGCCCACCUAUUGAUGAUUGGCAGUCUUAGUUUUCUCCCUAGGAGAGAAUUGCCAAUCAUCAGCGGGUGGGUGGGGAGAGGAGGAGCUCAUGAACAACCAUGACUCUUCUUAGGCAACUGUUACUCUUUUCCAGGCCGGGGCUGUGAUGAUUAACAACUUACUUUGAGCUCAUGAAUGACACACCAGUGUAAUCAGUGUGUCUGCCACCACUUUAUGCUGCCCUCAGUGAGGUCAGCGUAAUGUUGACGGCAGGUUCCCUCUAAAGGAGUUGUCCAAGACAAAAAUAAAAUAAAAAAGCACAUGUCCUUAAAUGAUAAAACAAUACUUGCCUCAUUAAUACCCCACCUAUCAUUGCACAUGCUCUGGUGGCGCCCUAUGGUCUUUGUUUACAGGCUGCCAGCAAUGAUGUGCCGUACUGCAGCCAAUCACUGGCCUCCGCAAUCAAGUGCCAUAAAUCCUGGCAUCACCUCUUCUUGUUUUUUCAGAACUCCUAACUUUAUUAGACUAUUUCCUUCCCAUGCAAGAUCUUCCUUCAGUGUCUAAAGCCACAUGCACACAACUGUAUGUAUUUCGCAAUCCUCAAAACGAGUAUCUGCUAAAUACAGAUGACGACCGUGUUGCUUUUUUUUUCUUAUUUUUUUUUUUGUGCACCCAUUGACUUCAAUGAAUUAGUGAACUGCUUUUUGGGGCCAAGUAUAGGACACAUACUUUUUCAGUUUUUCUGUUCCAUCCUAGGGACAUAAAAAUUAAAGAAAAAAGUGCCAUAUGACAGAAAUGAAGGGUGUCUGAAGGACUCAUUGGGUUUACCAGACAAAACAGCACAGCAUGCACUGCUUUUUGUUUGUUUUGUGUACGCCACUAAGGGUGCCUUCACCUGCCGCAGAUUUUGUUGCAACUGAGAAUCGGUUCCAUUCAUCUGAAAUCCAAGCGCUUUACGCCAAACCAACCCCAUUUAGAUGAAUGGAACUGGUUUUCGGAGAUUUCUGCAUCAAAAUCUGCCACAUGUAAAGGCACCCUAAGGCCUCUUUCACACGUCUGCGAUGACAUCAGUGACAAGAUGGUCUGUGAAGAUGUCCAUGUGUCUGUUUUUUGCCUUUCGUGUUUCAUCUGUAUUCCACGUACACUGCUAGGCUGAAAACGAGUUACCUGAGCAUCUUCAGCCAAUGGUUCGUGAAAAACACAGACAACAUGGAUGGUUUUCACCCACCCAUAGACUUCAGAGUAUGUCUCUGUUGUUUUUCCAUUUACGUGUCAAUAAAUGCAUUAAAAUUGGUAGGUACAUGUGCUGUCCACAGAGAAGACGAACAGCACGCAUCCGUGAUUCACUAACGUGUGAAAGAGGCCUAACAGGGAUGUGAACCUAGCCAGUUUCUGAGAAGCUAAUUCUUAAAGGGCAUCUGUCAGUGGAUUUGUACCUAUGGCUUGCAUGUGCACUUGGCAGCUGAAGGCAUCUGUGUUGGUCCCAGCUUCAUAUGU